UCGAUUGAGGAUAAGCAUUGACGGCUGCUUCUCCAAAAUGCGAUUUCAGCACAUUGUAUUGUCUAUGUGUCGUUAUUAUCUUUCCAAAGUUCUGCAAUAACAGUUCUCGUUUGAAAGCGCUGAUUCCGAAUUGCACGAACCGUAUCGUACUCUUCUAUGGCAUUUCGCCGGAGCUCAAUUCUACUGCGCAGGGCCAUCGGCAGCAGCCGGACGGCGGCGGUGUACUCUUCCCACAGUUCCCUAUUGCGUGAUUCGUUGGAUUAUUCUGAUUGCCGGAGAUGGUUUUCAAGCUCAGUAUCCGAUAGUAAAGGUACAGCCAUGUCAGCGGCGGGCUACCAUGUCAGCAAUGGGCCAGCGUACAUGCGGGGAGCAGUGUUUUGGGAACCGAAUAAACCCCUCACCUUCGAGGAUUUCGAGAUGCCCCGCCCUAAGGCCAAUGAAAUUCUCAUCAAAACUAAGGCCUGUGGAGUCUGUCACUCUGAUCUCCAUGUCAUCAAAGGCGAGCUUCCCUUUGCCAGCCCUUGUGUUAUCGGGCAUGAGGUUACUGGUGAAGUGGUUGAACAUGGGCCACUUACUGACAGCAAAAUCAUCGAAAGAUUUCCAGUUGGAUCGCAGGUUGUUGGGGCUUUCAUAAUGCCCUGUGGGAGCUGUUUCUUCUGUUCUAAGGGGCAAGAUGAUUUAUGCGAGUCCUUUUUUGCUUAUAACCGAGCGAAAGGGACCCUUUAUGAUGGUGAAACAAGGCUGUUUCUGCGUGGCAGUGGAAAGCCAGUUUAUAUGUAUAGCAUGGGAGGUCUCGCGGAAUUCUGCGUGGUACCAGCACAUGGAUUAACUGUUCUACCGAACUCAUUGCCUUACACAGAAUCUGCUAUUCUAGGAUGUGCAGUUUUUACUGCCUAUGGAGCUAUGGCUCAUGCUGCUCAGGUGCAUCCAGGUGAUGCCAUUGCUGUUAUUGGCAUCGGUGGUGUUGGAUCGAGUUGUCUGCAGAUAGCUAGGGCAUUUGGGGCUUCUGAGAUUAUUGCAGUGGAUGUCCAAGAUGAGAAACUUCAGAAAGCUAAGACAUUUGGAGCCACUCAUGCCAUAAAUGCACGAAAAGAAGACACUGUUGCAAAGAUCAAAGAAAUUACAGGAGGAAGAGGUGUGGAUGUUGCUGUGGAAGCCUUAGGAAAAGCACAAACAUUUUCACAAUGUGUACAAAGUGUGCGGGAUGGAGGGAAGGCUGUAAUGAUUGGGCUUACGCUCUCUGGUGCUAAAGGGGAGGUUGAUAUAAAUCAUUUGGUUCGGAGACAGAUAAAAGUAAUCGGCUCUUAUGGAGCCAGGGCAAGGCAAGACCUUCCCAAAUUGAUUAAGUUGGCAGAGAGAGGCAUUUUUAAUCUUGAAGCAGCUGUUUCAAGAAAGUGCAAAUUUGAGGAGGCAGGGCAGGCAUAUAAAGACCUUGACAAUGGAGGUAUUGUAGGGCGUGCUGUGAUUGAGAUCAUGUAAAUCCUGGUCAUUACAAAUUAUGUGAAGCUGAUGCCCCCUUCACAUCCUGCUACCUUUUAUGUGUUCUUUCCAGUCAUUAAAAUAUGUAGCAAAAUAAUGAUUUCAUGUGAGGAAAGGGACAUCUGUGCAAACAGGAUCUUUUAUAAAGUUGUACUCUGUCUGAACCCGUUC